CGUCUGUCUGUCGACGUUGUGAUCGUGUCUCAGCGUGUGAAAAUUUUUUCCAUCUUCCAGGAUAUUUUCCCUCCCCAGCGAAUAUUCUCAAGUAAUGUCCCAACCCCAAACGAAAAAACGUCGCAGUCGAAAAGGUUGCAAACAGGAACCAUCUCAAGUUAAGGAAGAAACAAACCCGAUUCCCGUGAAGAUGGAGACGGAAGCGGAGACGGAGGUAAAGCCGGUCCUUCCAUCGUCGACCUCUUCGCUGUUGCCAUCUCAACGAGCAGAAUGCAGCUCGUGCAAAGACACGGUGGAAAAUCCGGUAACUUGCAGCAGUUGCGACUUGUUCUUCUGCCUGAAGUGCUUUGAUGUGUGGCUUUCGUUGACGCCGCAAACCAUGUGCCCGGCGUGUGUUGCGGCUGCGAAGAAAAAACAGGAUGACAACUGCGGAGUUCACGAUCAAGAGUUGAACCUGUUUUGCUUGACCUGCGGAACGAGGAUUUGCAGCGGAUGCUUCUUGAAUACGGCCGAUCAUAAGCGGCACCAGAUCGAUGACCUGGACGUGGUAUACCGGGAGAAGCUGGCCGAUACCAACGGGAAGCUGAACGUGGUGGGUGAUGUAUUGCAGCAGUUCCAGUCCGUCGUGGACACGACCGAGUACAACGCUGGGAUGAUCUGUAAGACCGAAGACGACAUGGAGACGGAGUUGAACCAGCUUAUGGACACGGCAAAGUCGGAGGCCGUCGAAUGGAAGGAGGACAAACUGCGAUUGUGUUUGUUGCGAAAGGAAGUGCCUAUAAAGAGAAAGUUGCUGUUUGAGGAGUUGCAGGGCAAAAUCAACUGUUUGGCCAAGCAUGAGUUUAUUGCCAAAAAGGACGAAUUGGAGCUGGAAGCGGCUGCGUUGGUUCCCAAUGCACAGGCUCUUUUCCCACCGCCGAUUGACUAUCAUGACUACGAAUGUUCACUGAUUCCUCAAUGUCGGAAGGUUCCGAUCAUCCUGGACAACUUCUCCCGCCACUUUGAAGAUCCGAAGUAUGAUGUCAUCGCCAGUGUGGACGUAUCGGAUAGUAGCGAAACUUUUUGGACCGUUCGUGUUUUCAAGGGACAAUUUUUGACCAUCGAUUUUUCACAGAAACAGCUGCUGAAGCACAGCCUCUUCUUCCAGUUGUAUGUGGAAAUCAUUCACGUCGAUCAUCGCAACACGCUGUGCACCAUGCAGGAAACUCAAUCCACCAAUUGUCACAUCGAUUUGAUAGAAAUGGAAAAGCUGAAAGAAAAGGGAUUCAUAUCCAGUACUGACGAAGUUUCGCUGGGUAUCUGGAUGAGACCCAAGUCAAUCAUCGUAGAACGACAAGCACUUACGUUGAACUUUUUGGAUCUCAAACGGACAAAAUUUGAACUGGAUGAUAAGUACAACGGUGUCGUUUCAAAGCUGGCCGAGUCGGAGCAAUAUUCCGUUGGAUAUUUCCGUAUCCCUCUGGAUAAAUUGCAAUUUCCGGAGGACAACACCACCGAUACGUUGCAAAUCAAAUCCCACCCCAUCAAGGACUUCAGUGGCCGUUCCUGGUGUAUGUACGUGGAGCGGGAGAAAGCCAAUAGGGUCUGCGCCGAAUCGUACAUCGGCGUGUACUUGAUGCUGUGCUCACCAUUGAAGAAGAAGACUUCAAGUCUGCGCCGUCGCUACUAUCUGGAGCUGGUGAAUAAGGACCAUGACUACUGCAUUCGUAAGUACAGCUCGGACAAUUUUGACUCCAUGGCCCGAUGCGGUUGGAGUCCGUUUGUAAAAAUGUCGCGUGUUUUCGCCGACAGCUCGGGCUUUGUUCGAAAAGGAGCUAUCGGGUUCCGAUUUGGAGUUCAGAAUCGGAAGUGGAAAUAAGGCUUUCACAUGAUUAUAGCGCCGUUCAUGAUUUUUAAUUGCAAUGACUUAGUUUAUACAUUAGUAUAGUUUACCAUGUUCUGAUUAACUAUAAUUAACUUCAAGUCCAUGUCCCGUUAUAAUUAGUUUACAACUUUUAUGCUGAAUUGGUUUUUUCGUAACAUCUGUACGAUUAAUUGAUUAACAAUAAAAAAGGGCAAAAUCACCGUUA